UUUUCUAUUUCCAUAAUUUCUUCGCACCAAAUCUAUCUCAUCCACAUUGUAGAAAAAAAAAAAAAGAAGAAAAAAGAGAAAAGAUCGAAUUUUUUUUGGGAAAUUCGUGAAAAAAAAUAUUCAAUAUCAAAGUCUAUAUAUACUCCAUUCACCGGAUGCUGCAAUCCUUCUCGCUUUCUCAUCAACUCCUCCUUCUCUCUCUCUCUCUCUCUCUUUCUGAGGAAAAGGAAGGAAGAAAGUGGGGGAAAAAUAAAGAAAAUAAGACACAAAGCAUAUUGUUCCUGGCACUUGAAUAUGCAUUUGGAAUUUAUCGAGAAUAAAAACGAUUGAUUCACGGACACGGGCUUUGGUGGGGGCAUAUGGAGAUCAUGCCCUCAGUUCCGAUUGUUGUUCUUGUCAGAUCUUAGUGGUGUCGUCGCGAGAUUCGGCGUCUCCCCGGUUUGUGCUCUGAUCGGUGCGAAUCUGAACUUGGGUGGGAUUGAGUUCCGGGGUCGGCUCGACAAGGAUCUUAUGUUUCGGUCUUGAAUCUGAAGAUUAUUUUUUUCGUUUGUUUGUUUGGCUUGGCAUCGAGCUCGCGGUUCGUGCUUGUCUGUCAACAGAAGAGGCAAUGCAAUCUGAUAAUGGGAAGCUAUUUAUCGGUGGAAUAUCAUGGGACACAAAUGAGGACAGAUUGAAAGAGUACUUUGGUGCUUAUGGAGAGGUGGUGGAGGCAAUCAUCAUGAAGGAUCGAACCACUGGCCGUGCCCGUGGUUUCGGUUUCGUUGUUUUUGCGGAUCCAGCUGUUGCUGAAAGAGUCAUCAAGGAUAAGCAUAGCAUCGAUGGCCGGAUGGUCGAGGCUAAGAAAGCUGUUCCUAGGGACGACCAGAACAUUCUGAGUAGGAACAGCAGCAGCGUUCAUAGUUCUCCUGGCCCUGGCCGCACCAAGAAGAUUUUUGUAGGAGGUUUAGCAUCCACAGUAACUGAGAGUGACUUUAAAAAGUACUUUGAGCAAUUUGGUACAGUCACAGAUGUUGUCGUAAUGUAUGAUCACAACACCCAGAGGCCUAGAGGCUUUGGGUUUAUCACUUAUGACACAGAGGACGCUGUGGAUAAGGUGUUGCUCAAUACUUUUCAUGAACUGAAUGGCAAAAUGGUUGAGGUGAAGAGAGCAGUUCCCAAGGAGCUGUCACCAGGUCCAAGUCGUAGCCCACUUGGUGGGUAUAACUAUGGGAUGAGUCGUGUCAAUAGCUUUCUUAGUGGAUUCACUCAGGGAUAUACCCCAAGUGCUGUGGGAGGAUAUGGACUUAGGAUGGAUGGUAGGUUUAGUCCGGUUGCAGGAGGUCGAAGUGGAUACCCAGCGUUUGGCAUGAAUUUUGAGACAGGGCUUAGCCCAAAUUAUGGUGGGACGACAAAUUUCAGUAACAACAUCAGCUAUGGCCGGGGACUGAAUCCUUAUUACAUUGGCAAUUCCAAUAGAUUUAACAGCACAGUUGGAUACGAUGGAGGCAAUGGAGGAAGCUCUUCUUUCUUCAGCUCAGUAACUCGGAAUCUCUGGGGAAAUGGGGGCCUGAAUCAGGCCACGAACCCUACAAGCUCCAACACCAAUACAGGAGGAAAUAUGAGCAUAGGAGGAAGCAGCUUUGGCGGCAGCGCCAUUAAUUGGACCUCUUCACCAAUUACUGCUCAAGGUGGCGGAAACAGCACCUCCAAUGAUAGUGCAAAUUUUGGUUAUGGAGGUGGCAGCAACAGCUACGCAUUGGGCAGUGUGGGGUAUGGAAGAAACAGCAGAUCUGGUGGCCCCCUGACUUCAUCAUAUGGUACAUCAAAUGGUGCUUAUGAUGGUGCCUUUGCAGACCUCUAUGCAAGUGGUUCAGUGUAUGGUGAUGCUACUUGGCGCCCGCCAAAUCCUGAGAGGGGAGGAUCUGGUUCAUUUGGUUAUGGAAUUGGCAAUGCUGCUUCAGAUGUUUCAGCUAAAAGUUCUCCAGGUUAUGUUGGUGAUUACAAUGUCAAUAAGAGAGUGAACUAGAGGCAUUGCUUCCUAGGGAGAUCGUCUCCAUACAUUCAGAAUGUGGUAGGUGAAGAAGAAUUUGGUGAAGCUGGUGAACUAUGGUUUGGGAUAUCUCUCUAAAACUUUGUCAAAGAAAUUGGUUGUUUAGAGCUAACGGGAGUGUCUUUUGGAAAAUUAAACUUACAGAUAGAAGUUACACAAGGAUUUUGUGUCGAGGCUUGAGUUUUUUGAGGUACAACUUUAGGUUGUUUUCUGCUACUUGAGUGAUGUAAAAUUAGAUUUCGGAUAUAGUCGGAAAUGUAUCAUGCAUCCUUGGUGAGGUGGCGAUACAUAGAAGCAUAGACUGAUAAAUUUUUUCCCCUAGAUUUUUAUUUCCUCAAUUGUCUGGCAAGGUUGUGAGUUCUUGUCCAGGUUCCUUUCUUUCUGCAGAUUGUAACUGGAAUUCUUGAUUUACUAGUGUGAAAACGUUAAGGGAUACCCAUGUAGGGUCCCGUGAAUAAGCUACUACAUAAUUCGAUUCUUUCUUC